CUCUCGCAGGCACAGGCAGUCUCUGGUGGACGGCAGGCAGAGGCAGUGAAGAAAGAACCCAGGCGUCCGGCUGAGGAAACCCCACGAUGGGGUGGCAGGGGGAGCGUCUGAGCCGCGCUUGGGUGCCCGCCCCGCGGUGGUGGAUGAGCCCGUGGUCAGCAACGCUCCUGGCCGUCUCCCUCCUGCUGCCUCCAGCCGCUGGACUCUCGGUCACUCAGGAACCUGCUAAUCUGACCGAAGGAGGGAACGUCACCCUAACGCCACAAGGAAUCCCGGAUUCAUUCAUCAUGAACUGUGGCUGGUUCCGAGGGGAGACGACAGACCGGGCGAAUCGGAUCUUCAUCUAUUACCCACCUCCAUCUCCUCGUGGGCAGAUCAAUGGAGCUGCCAACACCGGGCGGGAGAGGAGAGUCCCAACCUGCUCCCUUCGGAUCUCCGAUUUAAUGCUGAAUUACUCCGGGGUCUAUACAGUGGUAGUGACGCUUGCAUCUGCCGCGCCAGCAAAAGCGUCUGUGAAGAUCGCCGUCUCAGAACAUUUUAUCAGUACAGAUCAUGCAGCAGUCAUUGGGUUAGCUCUUGGGAUUUUGGCUGCGGCAGCUUUGAUCGGAGGUCUGCUUUACUACUUUCUCCGUGUCCGUGGUCGGAGUGAUCCAUCUUCUACCCAGGCUGUGUCUGCUUAUUCAAUCUAUGAAAACAUUUCCCCUUCUGGACAGGUCAAGGCUGAGGGCUCCUUGGAUUCGAAUCAUACCACAUACCAGGCUUUGCAGCAUGGAGACCGGGCUGUGUAUGACCGGCUGAAGUGGUAGAAAUAGUUGAUGAACCAAGGAAGCUCUACUCAGUUGCUGCCUCAAAGCUUUAUGGCCCAGCACCUGCAGAAAAUCCCAGCUCCAAUCCUCCAACUAAAGAACCUUGGGUAUCAAAAUGGGGGAGGGAGAGGGGGGAACCCUUGUGGGGCUGUUGCUAGUUGGAAGAGAGAGACCUGGGCUGGGUGAACCAAUGAUCUGAUUCAGUCAUAAAGUAGUUCUGCAUGGAAAUCUCUGCUUGCAAAGGUCAUAAAGGAACCUGUGGACCUGUGACUCCUCUCUGGCCUACAGACAGGUGGCUGGUUCUGGGGAGAAGUAAUAACAACUCAUGGCAGGGAGGGAACUGUGGGGCCAGAUUCUCUUUUGCCAAGUUUAUAAGGCCAAUCAGCUGUGAGCAGCACCACCAAAUAUUUAUAUAACGCUUUUCAACAAAAGUUUCCAAAGUGGUUUACACUGAGAAAUGAUAAAUAAAUAAGAUGGAUCCCUGUUCUCAAAGAGCUCACAAUCUAAAAAGAAACACAAGAUAGACACCAGCAAUAGCCACUGGAGGGAUGCUGUGUUGGGGGUGGAUCGGGCCAGUUCCUCUCCCUCUGCUAAAUAAAGAGAAUCGCCACGCUAAAGGCACCUCUUUGCCCAGUUAGCAGGGGUUAGCAUCAAAUGACCUCUCAGCUGAACUUUGUUUCAGUGUCUUAAGGGAGCAACUACCUAAAAUGAACAAAAUACCUAGAUCUUUCUUGCACACUAGAAGAUCAUCUCUCAUGGUAUAGUAACUUUCUGGACCCAGAACAUAAUUGCUGUGGAAGAAUCUAUUGCAAUGCUUGUAAAUACCCUGUCAGUGCAGCUGAAAGUACAUGGAAAACUUCAUCAGUUCAGUGUCCUGUAUUCUGAGGAGAAAGCUAGCUACCCAUAUAUGCAGAUUUGACAGAAGAGCAACUGGGGAAAGAAUGUCUUCUUACAAGGCAAUGCUGGCAUUUAUAUGACGUGGAGGAAGGAAUUGCUGUUGGGUGAGCAAAUACAUAAUCUUAGGUAUGCCAACGAUAUAGUGUUAAUAUCUGAUAACAAGAAUGAAAUGCAGGCAGUGUUAAAUAGAGUAGUACAAACAUGUGGACAGUGUGGUCUGGCCAUUAAUUAAAUUCAAGGAUCAGAAUGACCAAGUGUUAUGUUUCUCCAGUCUUGCUUUAUGGAAUGGAAAGUUGGACGCUCACCAAAAGAUGUGUAAAAGGCUUGAAGCUUUUGAAACAUGGGUGUAUAGAAGAAUGUUGAAAAUAUCCUGGGUAGACAGAGUCACCAAUUUAGAAGUUCUGCAAGGAAUGAAUAAAAACAUGAACAUUUUAAAAACAAUAGAAGAAAGGAAAAAACUGGAAUAUUUGGGGCAUGCGAUGAGACAGCAGAGAUAUCCUCUUCUGCAAUUGAUAUUGCAAAGAAAGACUGAGGGCAGGAAGAAGGAAAACAUCAUGGUUGAAACACCUUAGAGACUGGAAUGGGAGAAGCACUGUGCCACUGUUUAGAGAUGCAGUGUCGAAAGAUCAAGUAGCCUUAAUGAUAGCUAACCUCCAAGAGGACAGGAGGAGGAGGAGGGAGGAGCAGCCCUAAGCUUAAAAGGCCCCAUAGUAUUACAAAGGAGAGAGAUUUCUAGCAAAAAGGGACAAUGAAAAUACAAAUGAUAAAAGUUUUGUUUGUACUUGACAAAGAUGCAGAGGGAAACGAAUAGUCUAACAAAAACAGUUGUCUUGCCAUGAACCUAUUUGGAUUAAAACAGACUUUAAACGAAUCUACAUGACGUCAG